AGGGAAAGGAAAUAAAGCUGCCUUUUUUUUUGUAAAAAAGGAUACUACAACUAAGCUUCAGCUUCUACUUCUACUAAAGUGCUAAUAAUAAAGUGUUGAGCAAACAAGAAAACGCGUGAACGUCGUGCUUAUCAUCACUACUACAACCAGGUGGAGAAAAAACGCAAAGUCGUUCUUUCCCAGGUAGUUUAUAUCCUCCGGAAGGAGCUGCAUUCACUGUGUACAACAAGAAAUCUUCUUCGACCAGUACUUCUUCCUAUCAACGACCAGCAGUAUCUACCGCAAGAGCAUCUACUACAUCAACCACAUCAUCGGAAGCUAUACAACGCGCUGCUCAAGCAUCACACAACUACUUGCUGCAAGCUAGUCCGGUAGCUGCAGUAUUCAAACCAACAGUUCAGAUCUACUCCAACGACAACGAAAACAACGCGCACGCAAUGUCGCUGCUUCACAAGAAAGGCGAUACGCUGCCGCCGACUCCUGGAAAGCUUUACGUCGCGCGGAGCGACGGUUUGGGUGGAAAGUUUUUGGGCGCGAAGGCUUUUAUCGAGCGCUCCGGCGGCGGCGGCCAGUGGGUCGAGUGGAAAGCGAAUCAACAGGUGCAGACCUUUCUGAACAAGCUCCUCGGCGGUGAUACGGAGCUGAAAACUACUUCCCGGCGCUUUCCCCAUAUUGAAAACGAUUUUUUUUCUGAAGAUUCUGAUGCGUUGUACACGACAGAUCAGCUCUGCAUUGCAUCAAGGGCUUGCGAGUAUAUCACUCACCCGGUUCUUCUUGUUGACGCGUGGAGUUGUGCUCUCCACAUCAUGGCCCCCGAGUUUAAUGGAUGCAAGACAGAGCUGAUUUUUUCUUAUACUUUUGUGUACACAAAAAUGAAUCAAGUCGUUCUUUUCAGUAUGGGGAACGAGGGAUAUUUUCCCUCACAAUAGUUCGCGGACCUUCUUCUACCAUCCACGUCAUCAAUCUGCAAGGCGGGCUGGCCGAGUACUCCUGGGAAGGGGAGACGAAGGAAAAAAAAGAAGGCGAAAAAAACGACGCUUCGAGCAAGAGCGACAGCGACGCGAAAAGCGAGAACGACGAUGACCAGCCGGAGCCGCUGUUGGUGGCGGCGAGCGACGAUGCUGCGAAGAGCAACGAUGAAAAUAUGGUCACUGCUGGGGUGAGAAUUUCAACUGCUGGGAUGAAUUAGAGUCGACAGCAGCAAGCAUUUGCCUAUUCAUGCACACUGUUAUUUCGCAUUAGAAAUUCAAGUAUUCUGGUUCAAAACCUCGUCGGCUCUUCUUUAUCACAAUUGAGAUUGACACAGCUGGGACCACUUCCAUAAAAUUUGCGGCGGAGGGCGAUGGAGGCGGGGAGGACACGGGACGCAUAUCCAAUGCAAAUAUGUCUCUGGCUCCAGACUGCAAAUUUUUGUCAUGCUGGUGUUUUUGCAUGAUUCACAAGGUCGGGCAUUUAAGUCCUAGCAUGAUCAUAGGUCUCGUGGGGGAGGUAGAGGUUCUGCAAUGCCGCGUGCGCAUGACAAAUCCCCCAUAUAAUUCGGUGACAGAAAUUGGACAACUUUUGCUGCUUAUGCAAGUAGAGAGAUUCGUGUGUGUUGUGAAAUGCGCAUGAGAAAAGUUUGGUUCUUUCCACACCCAGAGGACCACAUAUUUGCAAUGCAUAACGGAGCAAGAAGCGCAAACUGCAGGGAGGCGGAGAAGGAAACGGACGUGACGUGGUCCUGAAACCCGAGCAUGCUUCUGCAGCUUAUGGAAUUCUCCAACGUGACAGUGAUAUACGCUGUUUACAUCAUUUGUUCCGUGAAAUUGCUCUGCCCUUCCAAACGAAGAUCAAGCACAAGCUAGUACUUGUUCGCAUGACAAGUUUUCCACGCAGUAGAUAUUACCAUUGAAAAAAUUAAAAUGCUUUUCAGAUCUGCAGUGCAAGACACGCAAACUCGCUUCUCGCCCCUUUCACAAUUUUUGCUAUUCUUGCAUCACAGUGUCAUGAUUAUGUCGGUUUAUUAGCAUCAAACUUAUGAAAAACAGCAUUCACUGUAGUAAACGUUUGAGAAGGCCAUACAACUCCUGCCCAGGUCGAAGCGGACGCCGCCCCCGAGCCGGGAAGCAUGACCACGGAAGACUACUUAUCAAAUGCAAAUAUGUCUGGGUCUGGAAAGUUGUAAUGCGAAAAUGUGCAUGAUGAAAGCAGAAGCACCUUGUUAUGCCGGAAAGCAUGACAAGUUGGCAGAACGCUUUCUCAUACGCACUCCGCAUGAGAAGCUGCGUUUUUGUACAACAAAAGAGGCUACGACUUUUUUCAGUCCUGCCAUACAGACCUCACAGAAAUGUCGGGCCCGCAUUACAAGUUCCGAAUUUCCAGACCCACACAACAUAUUUGCAAUGCAUACUACAUCCGCGAGUACCACGGCAUGAAGAUGAAGAUGGAUGCGGCGAAAGACUUCCGCAGUUUAUGCAGUGCAAAAGCAUCGUGCUCGUACUCAUUGCAUUUAUUAUGCAUUCCUUCUCCUAAAAGCAGAUCCGCAUUACAAAUUCAAUUUGUUGUAAUGCUAAAUCAAUUUGUCAUGCAAUUGAUACUAGUACACGAUACUUUUGCAAGGCAUACAGUUUUCUGGAAAACAAGACCAAUAAGCUAGCCGCGAUGGAGAUCAAUUUUUCCAAACCUGCGUUCGCGUCAUCGUACACCUUCGAACAAGAAUCAGUGCAAUUCGCCCCCGAGCCCCCCUCUAGCGGUGAAGAUGAGGACGUCCAGAUGCAGGACCAAGAUCCGGCCAAGAAAAAUGAGAAAAAUCCCACCGAUAAUCAGAAGGAGGUGUGGCUCGAGGAGGGCCCCUUCAUGGCCAGCGAGUUCAUGGAGAGCAUGAAUCUCCAACCACGUAUCAAUGUCGAUUUGAGCAAGAUCACGGUUGCGAAGGACAGGAAGGAGGCGGAAGAGAAAAAGAAAGACGCGGAGGAUCAGAUCGCAAAUUCCAAAUUUCUAUGCAUUGCAAAUAUGUCUGGGUCCUCGUCUGGAAGGAUCUGAAUCUGUCACGCUAGGUCUGGACGAUACAAAAAUCUGUGUUGCACAAGCAAAUAAAGACAUGCACUUUUCUUGGGCACCCGAAGAUGGUCUUUUUUCUUUGCAGAAUGGAAUUAUAAAUAUUACGCACUGGGACGCCUACUUACUUCUUGAAAAUUGUGAUGCUACAGUUCGCAUUCCAGACCUUCUGCGCUAUGCAAAACCUGCAUGACAGAUUUUGUAACAUUUCAGAGCACGACCCGGACGUAUUUGCAGUGGAUACUUCCCCCGCCUCCCCGAUGGCGGGGGCCCCAGUGCGAGACUCGCCAUGAACGAAAUGAACAAAGAAAUCACCACGUGGGCGCAGGAGUGGGAGCUGUUCAUCGGGAACAAGCGUGCUCCGUGGCUCGAAAAAGGCGUCAUCCAGGCGAAGAAGCCCGGCGGAAAGGAGCCGAUCACCCAGGGCAUGGAUGACAAGAAACAAAUCUACGCCUACCUCAAGAAGCGGGAGCGAGAAAUCUCCACGAAGCACAACCUUUUCCGACUAUCAAAUGCAAAAAUGUCUGGGUCUGGAAGGUGGCAACUUGUCGUGGUAGAUCUGAAUCAUGUAAGAAUCUGUAUUGCAUGAUUACCAAAACCUGUUCACUUUUGAGCUUCUCAUGCAGGAUAGGCAUGGCAGAGACCACCUCGCAGAGUGUGUCAUGCUGAGUCCCGCACUCCAGACCUCACGGGUGAUGGAAAAUCUGCAUCACAAGUUUACACUUUUCCAGAGCCAGACAUUUUUGUACUUGAUACCGACUGCAACCGAACCACGCAGGGACGUACAUGACGGUGGUAGACCUGCGACAGUCUAUCGUAACGGGGCACGGCGGUAUAUCUCUUGCAAAUGUGAUGUCAUCUGGGUCUGGACGGAUGCAACUUGUGAUGCUGUCUUUGGAUUCGAAAAAAUGAAUGAUCUGUAUUUUUGCAUGACCGGCAAGUAGACAGAGGAGUCCAGUUUGUGGUAAGUACGCAGCGAGAGCAUCUCUUGUGCGGAAUAGGCCUCAGGUGGAUGCCCUCUCAACAAAAUUUGUGAUGCUAUGUCAUGCUCAUGCUCAUGCUCAUGCAGAAAAAUACCGUCAUCAUUGGUCAUGCAAAGUGUCAAUGUGUACAACCACAAUAAAUCUUGCAUUCUUCCAGGAGACCCAGACACAUUUGCAGUGGACAAAGUUCGUUACAGGCCUUCGUCGAGUGGCAGUGCAAGCUGGCGGCCGGUGCCAUUGCGAGCAAAUUCAACCACGGAUGGAACAACGAAGAGAAGAAGCUGUUGGCGUUGAAGCUCGCGCUGGACACUUCGGUCCGGGAAUUGGAAGACGCGGUCAAGGAAUCCACCAUGGGCAGCGCGCAAGUCGGUGCUCUGCGCGACGCCGUCGGCGAGGCCAGUAAGGCACUCCAGGACCAGCUCGCGAAGUGCUGGAGGGAGGAAGAAACCAAAGACGGCGGGUUCCACGGCCGGGUGGCCAAGUUUGAGCCCUUGUUCCUGCACGAGGAGCCCCGGGUCGGAGUGGCGAGCUUAGAGGCGGAACACUGCGACGAUUUCGUCUUAAAGGUCAAGACCGCCGAGUAUCGGAAAGGGGCGAAAGUAUGACAUUGGCAAGCCACUGCUACGCUGCUCGCUGCUAGAUAACUUCGGCCUGCUUUGUCAUGCGAGGCGCAGGCAAAUUCUGCAUGACCGAGAUGGCCCGGGUGCCAAAUUUUUGACACGCCAAAUGGAAGCGCAAAGACCUGUUCCAUAUUUUUUGUAAUGCAAGAAGCGAAUGAAGAUGAACAAGCUUUACUUUGGCUUCCCGCCUUUGGCUACUUAUGGGUCAGUUGUAGUUGCAGCUCCUCUGAUAUGGACACCGGCACGGCAACGUGAAGCCAUCUUCGUGUAAGUAGCAGCGAGUGGUGUAACGCUUGCGACCGCCAUAACACUCGCCGAAAGGUUGUGACGCUGGCAUCCCUAUGCAUUGCAAACAUGUCUGGGUCUGGAAGAGUCCGAGUGUGUCACUCUAAAUCUGAUCGAUGCAAAAAUCUGUAUUGCGUUACCAGCAAAAGUCCUCAGCUUUGGUUACCAGAGGCCGGCAUUUCUCAUGCGGACUUAGCAUUGCGUAGCCCUCUCAAAACUUGUGAUGCUAGAGCCCACAUUCCACACCUUCUGGGUCAUGCAAAACAUGCAUGAGAAACCUGGCAAUCUUCCAGACCCAGACAUUUUUGCAAUCCAUAAUCCCCUUCCUGAUCCGCCACAACUAUCAAAUGCAAAAAUGUCUGGGUCUGGAAGAUUGCGAGAUUUGUCAUGCAUAUUUCUCAUGACCCAUGAUGUCUGUAAUGCAUGGCCGAGCAUCACAGACUUUUAGAGGGCUUCCUGAUCCGCCUUCCGCAUGAGAAAUCGCUUGUCCGCAUAGCACAAAUUGGACCCCUAUUGCUGGUCAUGCAAAAAUACAAAUUUUUUUAGAGUCCAAAAACAGCAUGACAAAUUGCAAUCUUCCAGACCCACACACUUUUGCAUUUGAUAACAACAGGAGCCAGGCGAUUGUCGCGGUCGGCGUGCUGUCCAAGGUGGUCCACUUGAAAACGAAGGCGGACCUCUUGGACCACAUCACCAGCCGCGGCUACAAGUCCAACCCCGACCGGGGCACAAAAGCAGUGGCCAAAUGGCUAGGGCUCCCGAAUGUAAAAGCGGAGGACCUCGGGGAGCCGCGUCCGCCCCUCACCUGGGAAAUAUCGAAUGAAAAUAUGUGUGGGUCUGAAAGGAUGCAGCUUGUGACUCUGCGUCUGCAUUCUACCAAAGCCUUUAUUUCAUGAAGAGCAAAAGCGGUCCUGCUUUUGCCAUGGAAAGACGGCAUGUCUCAUGCGGUAUGGGCAUCAGGAAAUCCUCACAAAGUCUGUGAUGCUGGGGCAUGCAUCACAGACAUCAGGAGUCAUGAUGCAAAAUGUGCAUAACAAACGUUGCAUCCUUCCAGACCCAGACAUGUUUCCAUUUGAUAGGAAACUUGCAAUUUCAAACCCGUCAUGGCCUACGAACUGGAUCGCAUCACUCCGUUGAAAGACCCGCCUAAGAUCGAAGACGUGGGCAACACCUGGCUGAAUGGUGUCCGAAUUAUCGAUAUCAAGCGCAAAAAUGUCUGGGUCUGGAAGAUUGCCAGGCUUGUCAUGCAUAUUUUGAAUGACGCGUGAUGUCUGUGAUGCAUGCUCUAGCAUCACAGAUUUUUACAGGACUUUGCGAUGCCUCUGCCGCAUGAGAAAUGCCCUCUCCGCGUAGCACAGGCUGGAGUUCUCUUGCUGGUCACGCAAUACAAAUUUCUUCAGAAUCCAGAGACAGCAUUACAACUUUAGAACCUCAACCUUCCAGACCCAGACACUUUUGCAUUUGAUAAUCGACUACCCGUCGCCCUACAUCAUGCAGAGCCUGCAGCAGGCAAGGGCGGAACACAAGCGGCAGGAGAAACAGAACAACAACCCCGCCGCUCCUUCUUCUUCAUCCUCCUCUUCGUGAUUUCUCGGCGAAAGCAGCGACAGGCCAAACUCCUGCAACCGUUGAGCUGUGUCGCGCACCAUUUCACAAGGAUAAUUUUCAAUAAAACUACUUCGCCAGCCCUGUGCUGACUUUACUCUGCAAUAAGGUGUUGACUUUCGGUCUUAGGUUAGCCUCUGAAAGUUGAUGUUCGAAUAUUGUUGCUCCUCAGCUGCAUCUGAAGCCGAACCCGAAAGCUGAUGAUGAUUUCCAAGUCCCAAUAUUGUAAUCAAGAUCCGAGUGGUUUAUCAGUUCUAGCUGCAACUUCGACGCCAACGUCGACAGGUGGCUCAAAUUCUUCAAAAACCAACCUUCUUCUUGAUGUACCCG